UUGUCCGGUAACCCCGUUUUACUGUAAAACCCUCGACCUCGGCGGCAGGGUUUUAAAGCAACAGCUUGGAAACAGCCAUACUCCUCCGCGCACUUGGAUUGGAUAAUAAUGGGAAAAGCUUCCAGGGAUAAGAGGGAUAUUUACUAUCGGAAAGCGAAAGAAGAAGGUUGGCGUGCUCGAAGUGCUUUUAAACUUCUCCAGAUUGACGAAGAAUUCAACAUCUUUCAAGGAGUAAAGCGCGUGGUAGACUUAUGUGCUGCACCAGGUAGCUGGAGUCAGGUUUUGAGCCGCAAAUUGUAUCUCCCUGCUAAGCAGUCGCCUGCUUCAAAGGAUGGUGAGCUUCCUCUUAUUGUCGCCAUCGAUCUGCAGCCAAUGGCUCCAAUUGAAGGUGUAAUCCAAGUGCAGGGCGACAUAACUAAUGCCCGGACUGCUGAAGUGGUAAUUAGACAUUUUGAUGGCUGUAAGGCUGACCUCGUUGUGUGUGAUGGUGCUCCUGAUGUUACUGGUCUUCAUGACAUGGAUGAAUUUGUUCAGUCCCAACUCAUACUCGCAGGUUUAACAAUUGUUACUCAUAUACUUAGACAAGGUGGAAAAUUUAUUGCAAAAAUAUUUCGCGGAAAAGAUACAAGUCUUCUGUACUGCCAGCUGAAAUUAUUCUUUCCUGUAGUGACUUUUGCAAAACCAAAAAGCAGCAGAAACUCUAGCAUAGAGGCAUUUGCAGUUUGUGAGAAUUAUUCACCUCCAGAAGGAUUCAAUCCGAAAGACUUGCAUCGCCUCUUGGAGAUGGUGGGCAGUCCCUCAGGUGUAGAUGAUCUAGAUUGCAGUAGUGGAUGGUUAGAGGGCCCGAAUAAGGUUUAUAUACCGUUUUUAGCUUGUGGGGAUCUAAGUGGAUAUGACUCCGACCGUUCAUAUCCACUACCGAAAGUUGCCGAUGGAACUUACCAGAGUUUGGAUCCUGUUCAGCCCCCCAUUGCUCCUCCCUAUAAAAGAGCUCUCGAAAUGAAGAAAGCUUCCAGUCAUGGAAUCCGAGACCUUGAAAAAUCCGCCUUCGGAUUUCUGACUUGAGAAAAUGGUGUUAUUAAUGGAGAAACAGUGAUUACCGUUCUUGAUUUUUAUACUAUCCGUGUACUUUCGGUUUGUUGUUUCCU